UGGGGCUGGUUACUCAUUCAUCUUUGAAGAAGCAUCAGAGGAGGAAAAUGCCAGAACCGAAAGCUGCACCCGCGCCGAAGAAAGGCUCCAAGAAGGCUGUUGCCAAGACCCAGCCUAAGGGAGGAAAGAAGCGCAGAAAGACCAGGAAGGAGAGUUACGCGAUCUACGUGUACAAAGUGCUGAAGCAGGUCCACCCCGACACCGGCAUCUCUUCCAAGGCGAUGGGCAUCAUGAACUCGUUCGUCAACGACAUUUUCGAGCGCAUCGCCGGCGAGUCGUCCCGUCUGGCUCACUACAACAAGCGCUCCACCAUCACUUCCCGGGAGAUCCAGACAGCCGUGCGGCUCCUGCUGCCCGGAGAGCUGGCCAAGCACGCCGUGUCUGAGGGCACCAAGGCCGUCACCAAGUACACCAGCUCCAAGUAAAGCGAGACCGUCCCCGCUCCGUCCUUACAACAACACAAAGGCUCUUCUAAGAGCCACC